UAACGACUUAUACUGAAACUGUACAAAACUUGACGGAUGAACCUUUCAUCUUGGCGCCCUUUAAAUUAUAUCCAAGGUAGCAGGUGUGAAUUGUGCGCAUACUUCUACCUCACAGGCCGGGUAACCGGGUCGGCCCACCAUGCUCAUCGCUAAUCUCUCCGUAGCUCCACCGAUUCUCGGACCUAAAUCAACCGAGAGACUCAUGUACCAUGGGCCAAAAAGCAAGCAUAAUUACAAAGUGUCGGCGAGUGAAUUUCCCGCAUUUCUUCCUAGUGAAGUUGAGAAGAUUAAGGACCCAUUUGCCAGAAAGCUGGCUUCAAGGAUUGAACGACUGCCUGUGCAUUUAAGUUUGGCAAAAACUUGCAUCAUGAGUAGCUGUGUGAAGCCAAAAACACAGCUUGAUAAGAGUCCUCUGGUUCUUCUUCAUGGUUUUGAUAGCUCCUGUUUAGAAUGGAGAUAUACACUUCCUUUGCUUGAGGAGGAAGGACUGGAGACCUGGGCCAUUGAUGUACUUGGAUGGGGCUUCUCUGACUUAGAGAAGCUUCCCUCAUGCAGUGUAGCUUCAAAGCGUGAUCACCUCUAUCAGUUUUGGAAAUCCUAUAUAAAAAGGCCAAUGACAUUGGUCGGACCAAGUCUUGGGGCAGCAGUUGCCAUUGACUUUGUAAUCCAGUACCCAGAAGCUGUUGAUAAGCUGAUUUUGAUUGAUGCAAGUGUCUAUGCAGAAGGUACUGGAAACCUUGCUAAGUUACCUAAACUGGUGGCAUAUGCUGGGGUCAAUCUGUUAAAGAGCUUACCUUUGCGCCUAUAUGCGACUUCAUUGGCAUUUAACAGUUUAUCAUGGAGUACCUGCUUCGACUGGGCCAAUAUUGGUCGUCUACAUUGUCUAUUACCUUGGUGGGAGGAUGCAACUGUUGAUUUUAUGAUCAGUGGAGGCUACAAUGUCAGUCCAGAUAUCAAAAAGGUAAAGCAGAAAACACUUAUUAUAUGGGGAGAAGAUGAUCAGAUCAUUGACAACAAGCUUGCUGUGAGACUACAUUGUGAAUUACCAAACGCAAUCAUACGCCAACUACCAGAUUGCGGUCACAUCCCCCAUGUAGAGAAGCCUGCCGCUGUUUCAAAAUUAAUUGCAGAAUUUGUUCAAGCCGAGUGCAAGAUCGCCACACCGAGUUUUAUCCUGUCUUGAGAAAUUACUCUGUUUUUAUGGAGGACUCAAGUGAUGCAACUAUAAGCCCUUAACAGAGUUAUUUGUUCAUACAGAUAUAGCUGCAUUUAAUUUGCUUUUAAGAUGAGAAAUUGAGAAAUGUGUGGGUGGUGGGGGUGGACUAGUCUUAAGUGUCAAUUCCCUGCAGCUGCCUGUUGAGUUAAAACUGGACCAUUAGGAAUCACUUGUGGUUCAAAGAAUCCAUAUCUUUGCAUGAUCAAAAGAAGACGAAGAAAA